UUGAAGUGCGGAAGGAUAUACCGUAGCCUGUGCUCUGCGAAAUAAUACCAUUUUACACUGACAACGCUCACAAUAGGAACAUAUCAGAAGUCGGUUGGUUGGAGUUUGUGUUUGGAGUGGACGUAUUAUAAAACUAAACAACUCAAUAUAAACAUUUCGAGAAGAACAUUAUUUCUGAUGUCGUGUUUGUGAUUAAACGGGCUCAUUGGAUAUUAAACAUGACAAUCUAAACUCAAAAAGUCGUACAAAAAGUGAUAUUUUGUGGAUUGCUGUUAGUGGUAUAUUUUCACGGACGGCAAUGCAACGUCGACCGCUCGUUUGUGCCGUUUUCUUAGUGGUCGCUUUCCAUCCCUGCUUCGUCCAAGCUUUGGUGUCAUGUUCCCCAAACCCGUGUAAAAAUGGAGCCUCUUGUGUGUCAAAUCUUCGUGGUGAAGCCUACUGCAAAUGUCCGCCGAUGUAUGUUGGAGAGUACUGUCAACAUCUGAAUCCUUGCCAUACGGGUGCUGGACCAAGAUGCCAGAAUGGUGGCAGUUGUAAUGUUGCCCUAAGUGCCACAACUGGCCCAACCUUCAUGUGUACCUGCCCUGUGGGUUAUUCGGCUUCUCUUUGCGAGAUUGCUCUCCCGAACAGCUGUGAUAGUGACCCGUGUCAGAACGGGGGCACGUGCACACUCAGUUCUCUGGACAAUUACACGUGCACGUGCGCUGCAGGUUUUAGAGGUAACCACUGUGAACUAGUGGAUCAUUGUGCUUCUCAACCUUGUCGAAACGGCGCCUCCUGCCAGUCUUUACGGGAUUCCUACCGCUGCACCUGUGCCCAGGGGUUCACAGGGCGCACGUGCACACGUGAUGUCGACGAAUGUCGAAAAGAUCCCUGUGUUCACGGCAAGUGUAUGAAUAAUGUCGGCUCUUACAGGUGUAUUUGUAAAGUUGGCUACACUGGUCAGAAGUGUGAAUCCAAAUAUAUCCCUUGUGAUCCCAGUCCCUGUCAGAAUGGAGGAUCCUGUAAGUCGAUUGACACUUUGGACUACCAGUGCUCGUGUCUUCCAGGUUUCACGGGUACCAACUGUGAUAUAAAUAUUGAUGACUGCCCUGGUAACUUAUGUCAAAAUGGCGCCACCUGUAUCGAUGGAGUCAACAGCUACACAUGUCAGUGCCCGCCAAAUUACACAGGACCGUAUUGCAGUAAAGAUGUUGACGAGUGUGCAUUAAAACCCAGUGUAUGCAAAAAUGGGGCUACCUGUACAAAUACAGUUGGCGGUUACUCUUGUAUUUGUGUCAAUGGUUGGACUGGGAUUGACUGCAGUGAAAAUAUUGACGACUGCGCAGGCGCAGCGUGUUUCAAUGGCGCCACCUGUCAUGACCGUGUUGGAUCGUUUUUUUGUCAAUGUGCUCCUGGGAAAACAGGGUUAUUGUGUCACCUGGACGACGCAUGUGCGAGCAACCCGUGUCACUCCGGUGCUAUCUGUAAUACUAAUCCAACAGAUGGAAGCUACCGAUGUUCGUGCCCUAGCGGAUUUCAGGGAAACGAUUGUACCGAGGACGUCAAUGAAUGCAAAGAAGGUUCACCAUGUGAACAUGGGGGUAUAUGUGUCAACACUCCAGGGUCCUUUACGUGUAAUUGUUCCAAAGGUUUUGCUGGACCUCGAUGUGAACUUAAUAUUAACGAAUGUGAGUCUAGUCCUUGCCAAAACGAUGGAACAUGUUUGGAUGAAAGAGGCGGAUUCCGGUGCGUGUGCAUGCCAGGAUACAGCGGAGAUCGUUGUGAGCUAGAUGUUGAUGAGUGCUAUCCAAAUCCUUGUUUUAAUGAGGGUAUUUGUAGCGAUCGAAUCAACGGUUUUCGAUGUCUCUGUCCAAUUGGCUUUUCCGGUAGGAAGUGUGAACUGAAUGAUGACGAUUGCCUUAGUCAACCAUGCCGAAGUGGCGCUACUUGUAUCGAUGGAGUCGCGAGUUUUACUUGUGACUGCCCACCAGGUUAUGGGGGUCCUCGUUGUGAGUUGGACAUAGAUGAAUGCCAGUCUAAUCCCUGUCAACAUGGUGGCAGCUGCCACGAUGCUUUGGCUAGUUACUCAUGCACUUGCCUGUUAGGAUAUACAGGACAAAACUGUGAACUCAACAUUGACGAUUGUGCCUCCAGUCCCUGCUUGAAUGGGGGCUCCUGUAUUGACCUAGUAAAUGCAUACAAGUGUGUCUGCGAGGUUCCCUAUAGUGGUCAUAAAUGUGAAAUGGAGUUAGAUCCGUGUAACCCAAAUAAGUGCAAAAAUGGAGCUCAGUGUACUCCUUCUUCAAACUACUUAGAUUUUGCAUGCACUUGUGAACUUGGCUAUACAGGCAGACUGUGUAACGAAGAUAUCAAUGAGUGCACUGUUUCCUCUCCUUGUCGUAAUGGAGCCACAUGUGUUAACACCAAUGGUUCCUACACCUGUACAUGUGCUAAAGGUUAUGAAGGAAGAGACUGCUUAACAAAUACAGAUGACUGCGCAUCUUUUCCUUGUCAGAAUGGAGGGACGUGUCUAGAUGGUAUUGGAGAAUACAACUGUCUCUGUAUCGAUGGUUUUGGAGGGAAACACUGUGAAAGUGACAUUGAUGAAUGUGCCAGCAGCCCUUGCCAGAAUGGAGCCACUUGUAAUGAUUAUGUGAACAGUUACACUUGCACUUGUGCACUUGGAUUUAGUGGGACAAACUGUCAGACUAAUGAUCAAGAUUGUACUACAAGUUCUUGCAUGAAUGGGGGAACUUGUAUAGAUGGAAUCAAUACCUAUACCUGCCAUUGUGCAGCUGGAUACACAGGAUCAAACUGCCAGUUCCACAUUAAUGAAUGUGAUUCCAGCCCAUGUAAGAAUGGGGCAACCUGUGUUGACCAUGUAGGAUAUUACACAUGUCACUGUCCAUUUGGUUAUAUAGGAUUGCAGUGUGAGGAUGUUGUUGACUGGUGUAGUACAAUGCCAUGUAUGAAUGGGGCUACAUGUAAGCAGAACAAAAACACGUAUCAGUGUAUGUGUCGGCCUGGGUGGACAGGAAUUCUCUGUGAUGUGUCGAUGGUAUCAUGCUCAGAUGCUGCUCUUCAAAAAAGAAUUGAAGUCAGAAACUUGUGUCACAAUGGUGGCACCUGUGAAAACAUUGGGAAUAGCCAUCGCUGUCAUUGUCUGAAAGGAUACGAAGGAAGCUAUUGUCAACAUGAAAUUAAUGAAUGUGUGUCACAACCAUGCCAAAAUGGUGCAACAUGUCAUGACUUGAUUGGGCAGUAUAGAUGUGAUUGUCUUCCUGGUUUUCAGGGUUUAAAUUGUGAGUUCAAUAUCAACGAUUGUGACCCGAAUCCCUGUCGUAAUGGAGGAACUUGCCAUGACCAAGUCAAUAGUUUUAUGUGUUCCUGCCCUCAUGGAACUGUGGGUAUUCUAUGUGAGAUCAACGUGAAUGAGUGUUUUGAGGGAGCUUGUCAUCAUGGAGGAUCUUGUAUUGAUAAAGUUGGAGGCUAUGAAUGUGAGUGCCCUCCAGGAUUUGUAGGACCAAGGUGUGAAGGUGAUGUGAAUGAAUGUCUCUCUAAUCCAUGUGGCAAUCUUGGUACACAGGACUGUGUACAGUUAGUGAAUGAUUAUCGCUGUGAUUGCAAGCCUGGUUUUAUGGGUCGACAAUGUGAAAGCAAGGUUGACAUCUGUGCAUCUAAUCCAUGUUUAAAUGGUGGAAUAUGUACUAGUCGACAAGGUGGUCCUCACUGUAUUUGUCCUGUUGGAUACUGGGGAGAAAACUGCAGCAAUACUAACACUACAUGUGCUAGUAGCCCUUGUAAGAAUGGAGGCCAAUGUCGAUCUCAUCGUGGUGGGUACACCUGUAUCUGUCCUCAAGGGACCAGUGGCAAACACUGCGAUAUUGAUGUUUAUGAUGAGUGCAUGUCAUCACCUUGUUUGAAUGAGGGAAGCUGCAUUGAUAGCAUUGGUAAAUUUGAGUGUGAUUGUCCACCAAGCUGGAAUGGGUUUCGCUGUGAAAGUUUUGAUCCAGUCUUUAAAGGGGGGAUUGGGACAGUUGUCUCUUCAGGUGGAAACCUUCAGAAGUCCUUAGAGGAAGAGAAAAAAGCAUGUACUUUUAACAAGUGCAAGUUGAAAGCUAGAGACCUUCACUGUGAUGAGGAGUGUAAUAGUUUGGCCUGUAAUUUUGAUGGAGGGGAUUGCUCUCUAGGAAUCAAUCCUUGGGAAAACUGUACAGCAGCUAUCAACUGUUGGGAUGUGUUCCGUAACGAGGAAUGCAACAUUGAAUGUAACAAUAUUGAAUGUCUCUUUGAUGGGUUUGAUUGCACUCAAAACCUUCCACCAUGCAAUGAAAUGUAUGAUAGCUACUGUCAUAUGAACUAUGCUAAUGGAAAGUGUGACUAUGGAUGUAAUAAUGAAGAGUGUAAUUGGGAUGGCUUGGAUUGUGAAGAUGACAAACCUCAGUUAGCAAAUGGUGAAAUGGUCAUCACCCUUCUGAUAGAUUUACCAGAUUUUGAAACUACUGUCUUAUCCUUCCUGAGGGAAAUUGGCCGUGUUCUGCGAACAAAUUUAAAAAUUAAAACAAAUGAUAAAGGAGAUCAGAUGAUUUAUCCUUGGAAACCCAAAGACCCAGACAGUUUUCCACGGCAUCGUGGACAAAAUGGAAUUGAAGUUCAUCUGGAAAUUGAUAAUCGAAGGUGUCUUAAGUCAACAUACAGUGAAUGUUUCCAGUCAGCAGCAGAAGCUGCACGAUUUCUUGCUGCAUCUCAUUCUCGUCACUCCUUGGACACAGCUUUCCAGAUUGAACAGAUUCGAAGUUCGGAUGAAUUACAGGAGACUCGUGGCUCUGAUGUUACUUAUCCAAACAUGGUUUACAUUGUUAUUGGGGUGAUUGUCAUAAUUUUACUUGGACUGCUGCUUGGUGUACUGGUUACAGCACAGAGGAAACGAGUACAUGGUAUAACCUGGUUUCCUGAGGGAUUUUUUAGGACCAGUAGUGGUCAGAGACGACAGUCACGACGCCGAGGACCAGAUGGACAAGAAAUGAGGAAUAUGCAUAAGCAUGCUUCUUCUCACAGAAUUAAUGUGGAUGCCAAUGAUAACAGUGCCAUGCCUUCAGAUAUAGGAGGAUGGAGUGAUGAGGAUAUGGACGAUGAUCCUCCAUUAAAAAGGAUGAAAAGUGAUCAUUCACCAGAUCCUAGUUUUGGAGAUACUCACACAGUAAUGACCACUACUGAUUAUGAUGAGAAUGACCCUCGGCCUUGGACACAACAACAUCUUGAUGCAGCAGAUGUUCGUAAUCCCGACAUUCUUGCUUUAACUCCUCCACAAGGAGAUAAUGAAUUAGAUCCAGGAAACAUUGAUGUUGACGUUAGAGGUCCAGGAGGCCUUACACCUCUCAUGUUAGCAUCUUUUAGAGGAGGAGGCUUGGACACGGGUGAAGAUGUUGAAGAAGAUGAUGGAUCUGUGAGCAUGAUUCAGGAUCUUCUCACUCAAGGAGCUAAGAUCAACAUGAUGACUGAAAGAACAGGAGAAACAUCUCUUCAUCUAGCUGCUAGAUAUGCACGUGCAGAUGCUGCUAAAAAAUUGCUGGAUGCAGGAGCUGAUGCUAAUUCUCAAGAUAAUACUGGUCGAACUCCUUUGCAUGCAUCUAUCUCAGCUGAUGCUCAGGGAGUCUUCCAGAUUUUGUUAAGAAAUAGAGCCACAAAUUUAAAUGCCAGAAUGCAUGAUGGAACAACUCCAUUGAUCCUUGCUUCAAGACUUGCAAUAGAGGGGAUGGUUGAAGACCUGAUAAGUGCUGAAGCUGAUAUUAAUGCAACUGAUGAUCUAGGGAAAACUGCACUUCACUGGGCAGCAGCAGUAAAUAAUGUGGAUGCUGUCCGAGCACUUCUGUCUCACGGAGCAAACAGAGAUGUCCAAGAUAACAAAGAAGAGACACCGCUCUUUUUAGCGGCCAGGGAAGGGAGUUAUCAGGCAGCGAAAGUACUGCUGGAGCACUUUGCUAAUAGAGACAUUACUGACCAUAUGGACCGUCUUCCAAGAGAUGUAGCCUUAGAACGUAUGCACCAUGAUAUUGUGAGGUUGUUAGAUGAAUUCAUAGCUCAAAGUCCGCAAAUAUCUCGCAUACCUAACAGUAUGGAUGGAUCCACGAUCUCUCCACAAACACUCAUCAGCUCCACCAGAUCCACUAAGUCUAAGAAGAGGCCAAAGGUAAACGCUUUAGUUAACAUGUCCAUGCAAGAUGGAAAAAAUCAUUCUUUUCAAAAUAGUGAGGGUGGGAUCAGAAGAAAGGUUUCCAUGAAGAAACAAAAGGAACAGGGAUCAUAUGACAUGCAUGGAAUGGAAGGGCAGCUUAACUUGCCUCCUUUGAACUCCUUUGAAGCUCAACAUUUGAAUGGUGCACAUCAUGCAUUUACUAAUACUUUAUACAGUGGACAUGGCUUAGCCCUGUCUCACUCAGAUCUGACAUCCCUUGAUAACAUUGCCUGUACAAUGCAUAUGAAACAACCCCCUACUUAUGAGGAUUGUAUUAAUCCCCAGUUAUAUGGAACCAUUGGAGACAUGGAAAGACAACUAGUGUAUGUAAAUGAGGGGAUGCUACCUCAUAUGCACACGGUAGAGAAUGUUGCACCUCACCAUCUUCGACAAAACUCCAUGCAAGGAAGUGUGACAUUGUCUCAGGUCCCACCGUCUCACCAGUACUCUUCAUCUUCUCCAGUGAAGCAACGGCCAUCACUUCCAACUUCCCCUACCCACAUGGCUGCUAUGAGGGCAGCCCACCAGCAGAAAAAUGCACACAUUCAACCACAACAAAAUGUGAAUCAUAGCUAUGACUUUCCCACCAUGCUUGGCACCACUAGUCAGAAGAUAAAUCCACAGGGGUCAGCAGCUGGUCAGCAACAAGUGCCUUGUAAUCACCCAUUUCAGUUCCCAACUCCUCCUUCCCAACAUAGUUAUAGUGGGUCAGAGGCUACGCCCCAGCAUUAUAUGCAUCCCCCAGAGACAUACUUAACUCCUUCUCCUGAAUCUCCUGGCCAGUGGUCAAGUUCCUCCCCACAUUCUGCUCAAAGUGACUGGUCUGAAGGUAUUUCUAGCCCUAUGAAUGCAAAUAACCUACAACCACUUUCAUCAAUGGAACCACAACAAGCAGUAACACAACCUCAUCAGCAAGUUCAAAACACACAUCCUCCCUCAGAAGCAGUAUUUAUAUAGUGAAUAGAGAGCUUCUGUUUGAAAAAACCACAUUUUGACAGUGUAAAUGUGUGAAUAGGCACCAGACGAAGAAGAACUGGUGAAUGAGAUCACUUUGAAAUAGAACAAUCAUUCUCCCGUCAUUAACUUUUGUGUACUUUGAUCAAUAGUCUUUGGUGCCUUUUGUGUUUUGAUGUGGUACAAAAAUACUCAUAUCCAAAAACUGUAGUUGCUUCGUAGAAUGUAUUUAUUUCAAUACACAAGACUAUCUUGUUUCAAGUAGUGACAACAUUUUGAUUAUGCCAUUAGAAUUCACAGACCUCACAGUGAAUAGUAUUUUCAGAAUGAGAGGGGUAAAUAUAUUAUUUGUAAUCUACCUUUUAAUAUUUCAGUCCUAAGUGUGACAAGGUACAUGUUUUUUUUUAAUACACUUCACUUAAUUUCUAUUAAGGUAUUAUUCCCGUUUCUUAUUUGUAUAAAUUAUGGAUAUUAUUUUUGAUAAAAUUACAUUUAUUCUGUGUGAUCACAAUGUCUUCCAUUGUAAGUUUCAAACAAAUGUAAGCAUUUAUAUUAUGUGACUUUUUUUUUUACAUUUGCAAGUUAUAAUCUGCAGCUAAUUUUACUUCAUUUGGUUGAAAAAAAAAUACUGAGUGUAAAGUGAUAAUGUACUUCUGCACUUAUGUACACACACGAAAAAUAUGUUUUAUAUUUAAACAAUUAAAGCAAAAGUAUAUGACUGUAAAAUGAAAAAAAAAAGAUCAAAUUUAUAACUAACAAAUAAUAAUACAUUUGAAAUGAAUUAUAUACAUAAUGAAAGCAUCAUGAGCACCAACCCAUUUAUUUAAAAGUUAUAUUAAUAACCUAUUAUUAUCUCCUUGUUACUUUGUUUUGUACCAUUAUUUACAGUAACAUACUGUUUUUGUUAGAUAGGUUUCUACCACAAUCUCUACAGAAAUGGGAAUAAUUUACCAUAACUUUUUAAAAUAAUGUUAAACUAUGUAAGAUACUAAAUUAUUGGAAAACAAAACUUUCACUCCUCUGAUGAUCAAAAUGAGCAAAGAAAGUUUAUGUAGUAAUACGUGUAGAGAUCUAAAAACUGUUUCACUCCAGUUUGUGAUUCAGGUACGAAAAAAUUGUUUUUCAGUGUUGGAAAAGUGAAUUCUAGUUACGCCUAAUUCCAAUUAAUUUCUUACAUUUCAAGUUUUACUUAAAGAUACUGUGAAUAUUUUGUGUGUGUGUGUUUGACAGCAGAACUUACAUUAAAUGUCGCUCUCAUGGUUUCUGUUAAAACAAACAAAAAAUAGAAUAUGCAAGGUUGUACCUAAGAGUAUGUCGUUAAAAAAAAUACGCCUUAAAUUACUUUUAUUAAUUGUAUAUACAAACCGUUGUAACAUAGCUGAAGGGUUUUAGUAUGUUAGUUCAAUCAGAGUUGCCUUUUGUCCUCUCAAAAAACAACAACAUGACAUUUGGCCUAUAUAAGUAAUGUUUUCUUUCAUGUUAAUAAGUGUUUCUGUACAAAAACAAAUUUUUCCAUACUUUUGAUACAAUUAAAUGUAUUGAUUUCGUA